CAUAACAUGUGAUGCCAAAAUCAGUGGAUUGCGCCUUUUUUUUACGCCUUCUCUAGACACAAAAAACUGUCUAAAGACUGUGACUAUCAGUGUGUAUGGCCCAUAGACAUAAACAUGCACUGUUUCCAUAGUAAAAGUGUAUACAAGAGCCAUACAAAAGGAUCCGAUUUAAAACCACCUACACCCAGUGAGGUUAGGCCUGAAAAUAUCCACUACUUACUGGGCAGAAUAAAGUAGAAAGAUGUCUAGAUUACCCAGAAAAGCAAGAUCGACCGCUGCGGCCCCUAAACAGGAGCUGUCCUUUCUGAGCGGAAUGUCGGAUUCAGAAGAAGAGUCUAAAGAUGAGGAUGAAUGGAUGCCAGAGGAAAAAGCUUCUAAAAAGCAAACUGCAGCCACCAAGACAGCUGUAAAGAAGACUGCAGCAAAACCUAAAACUGCAGCCAAACCUAAAACUGCAGCCAAACCUAAAAAGACUGCUGCUCCCCGUGAACCAAGAAAGCGGAAGGCAGAUCCCAAGCUGCUUCCAGUAAAGACAGAACGGAGAAGUGUUGGCAUUGAGGAUUUUCCUUCUACUAGUGACCUGAACAAGGGAGUAAAGGUUAAUGAGUUUCCCACUAAGAUGGGGCAAGAAGAUGAUGUCCCAUAUGGUUCUCCUCCAGUUAAGAAACUGAAGACCUCUUCUUCUCCUGCUGGCACUGACAUGAACUGGAACAUAGUUGAGCAGAAGGCAGAUACCAAGCUAUUUCCAGUAAAGACAGAACGGAGAAGUGUUGGCAUCGAGGAUUUUCCUUCUACUAGCAACCUGAACACGGGACUAAAAGUUAAAAAUGAGUUUUCUCCCAAGGUGGUGGAAGAAGAGCCGCCGGAUGAUUUCACAUUUGGUGCUCCUCCGGUUAAGAAACUGAAGACGUCUUCUGGUCCUGCUGGGAAGGUGCUAAAGAGCUCCGGCUCUGAUGUCACUGACAUGAACUGGAACAUAGUUGAGGUAUUAUCAGAGAGAACAAAUAUUGAAUCCUGGAUAUGCAACAACAUCAUCCAGCUUUUCCAGGAUGAGAACACCAUACCUUUCAUUGCCCGCUACAGGAAGGAGCUUAUAAACAAUCUGGAUGCAGACGCCCUGAGAGAAGUGCAGCAAACCUUACAGGAAUUGCGGUCUGUGGAAAAGAAAGCUCACACCCUGGUAGAAAAACUAAAGAAAGAAGGGAAACUGAACUCCACUUUACACACGGCCAUGCUGAACUGCAGGUCCAUGGAUGAAUUGGAGCAUGUGUACACACCUUACAAAACAGGAAGCAAAGGCACCAAAGCCCAGAGAGCCCGACAGCUGGGACUGGAAGAUGCAGCCAAAGCUCUGAUUGAAACCCCACAACAACUAAACCUCCAUAUGUAUAUAAAACCAAAGACGGAAGGCCUGUCAACACUUCAGGAUAUUGAGAUGGGAGUGCAGCAUAUAUUAGCAGACAUGAUUGCCAAAGAUAAGGACUCACUGGAACACAUCAGAAAACUCUGCCAACAAAAUUACGUCACCCUCCAGUCCGCUCUGGCCAAAUCAACAGGAAAGGAGAAGGAAGGAACCGUGAAAGACGUCGACAAAUUCCAUUUAUAUCACAACUUUACCUGCAAUAUAAAUAGAAUCCAGCAUCAUCAGAUUCUGGCCAUUAACCGUGGGGAAAAUCUGAAAGUCCUGACAGUAAAGGUCAACGUUCCUGACAGGGUGAAGGAUGCUUUCUGUAGGUGGUGUGUGAAUGAAAGGUGGAGACCGAAGCAGUUUGCAAGACCUGAUUUGAUGAAGAUACUGCAUAACUCUGUAGAAGACUCCUACAAACGUCUUAUCUAUCCUCUUCUCUGUAGAGAGUACCGUUCAAAGUUGACAUCUGAUGCAGAGAAGGAAUCCAUCAUGAUGUUUGGGAGAAAUUUGCGUCAAUUGCUCCUUGCAAGUCCGGUGCGAGGGCGGAUUAUAAUGGGUGUUGAUCCUGGAUACAAGCAUGGCUGUAAACUGGCCAUCAUUUCCGCUACCAAUCAGAUUCUCCAUACAGAUGUUGUGUAUUUGCACACAGGACAUGGGCGCAGCAUGCAUGAAGCCGAGAAAAUUAAAAGACUUUUGCUGAAUUUUAACUGUUUUACGGUUGCUAUUGGAAACGGAACAGCGUGCAGGGAAACUGAAAGAUACUUUGCCGAUCUCAUUCAAAGAAAAUUUUUUGGACCUCUCAAUGUUGUCUAUUGCAUUACUAAUGAAGCAGGGGCCUCCAUCUACAGCGUAAGCCCAGAAGCUGCCAAGGAGAUGCCAGAUCUGGAUCCAAAUCUACGAAGUGCAGUUUCCAUAGCAAGACGUGUACAAGAUCCAUUAGCCGAGCUGGUGAAAAUUGAGCCCAAACACAUCGGCGUUGGAAUGUACCAGCAUGAUGUCUCGCAGGUGCUGCUGAAAGGCACCCUGGACAGCGUGGUAGAGGAGUGCGUCAGCUUCGUGGGAGUGGAUAUAAACAUCUGCUCCGAAACCCUGUUGAGGCAUAUAGCCGGAUUAAAUUCUGUUAGGGCCAAAAAUGUAAUUGAAUGGAGAGAGAAGAAUGGACCUUUUCUAAACAGAGAGCAGCUCAAGUGUGUCAAAGGGUUGGGUCCCAAGACCUUCCAGCAAUGUGCUGGUUUCAUAAGAAUCAAUCAGGAGUACGUCAGGAACUUGUUGAGGGACCAAUCAGAAAGCCAAGGUUCAGAUGUGAAGGUUACCCAAGCCACAGUAUCCAAACAAGGCAAGAAGACAGCAAAAUCUGCGCCUGGAGCUGCUGCCAAGCCAAACCCAUUGGAUCAAACAUGCAUUCAUCCCGAGUCGUACAACAUAGCAGUGAGAUUUCUGACACUUGUCGGUGGAAGUUCUGGUGAUAUAGGGAAUGAAAAAAUACAGAAGCAGAUUAAUGGAUACAUCCAACAACAUGGAAUUGAUAAAGUAGCUGAAAAAGUUAAAACAACAGUACUAACCCUACAGCUGAUCAUCGAUGGCCUCUGCCAGCCUGAAGGUUACGAUAUACGUACAGAAUUUGACAAAACAGAUUUUAAGACCAAUAUUGUGUGCCUUGAAGAUCUGAAGGUGGGGACCAUUCUAACCGGGAAAGUAGAAAACGCAACUUUGUUUGGAGUUUUUGUGGACAUUGGUGUGGGCAAAGCUGGACUAAUUCCAAUGCGAUAUAUAACAGAAGACAAACUCUCCAAGGAGAAGAGAAGGAGAAGUCUUGGACUGGGACCUGGAGAGAGGGUGGAAGUUAGAGUUAUAAAUAUUGACAUUAGACAGUCAAGGAUUACUCUGGAACUUUUACGUGUUUUAUAAAAAAGAAAAAAUUUGAUGCUUUAAGUUUAAGUGCUGUUAGGAGAAUUCCUGCUCUCCUGACUUGUAAAAUUCCUCCGUGACUUAAGAUUUGGAGCAGAAAUGCCAGUCAAGAAUAAACUAUGGCAGGAAACUUUGUUGUUUUUGUAACGCCAAGUUAUUUCCUCUCACAUCACCAUCUGAAAUGUCUUCUCCUUGUUUUAUACAUUCUGAAAUAUGUAGCAGAAAUGCCAAGACAGGGAGUUCUUUAACCAGGGUUUUUAGAUAUAGUUAUUAUUAUAAUUUUUUUAACCCACCAGAAACGGCCUCUAAACAUAGAAUAAAAAAUAAAAAGUUUUUUAAUAUUUUAAUUUGCUAAUAUUUGAUGAGACUCUGUUCACAUUCAGCUUCUUGUUUAUUGUUUGAAAUGUACAUUAGAAGAAUAUUAACCCCUUAAGGACCAGGCCUGUUUCAGUCUUUAGGAUUUUUGGCUACCGUUUUCUUCCUCCUCAAACUUUUUUUUUUUUUUUUCACUGAAUAGUUGUAUUUCGACUUAUUUUUUGUGGGAUAAGUUGUAAUUUUCACUUUUAUCAUGUACUAUGAAGCGAGAAAAAAAUAUUAAAUGUAGGUGCAAAAUUGAAAAAAAAAUUGGAAUUGCGCAGAUUUGUGGGCCAAUAAUUUUUUGGGGGUUCAGGAUACAGUUAAACGGACAUGCUAACUUUAUUCUGUGGAUCAGUAUGAUUCCAUUGAUACCAAACAUGGAGAAUUUAUUUUUCUUUUUAUGGUUAAAAAAAAGUAGACUUGGAAAAAAUAUAAAUCUGUUCAUUGCUGUUUUCUGACCCCUAGAACCUUUUUAUUUUUCCACCUAUUGAACUGUGUUGGGGUUAAAUUUUUUUGUGCACCAAGAGCUGUAGUUUUUAACUGUAUCACGUGUGCAGUUCUGGCUUUUUAAUCACUUUUUAUCAUUUUUUUUCUUGGAGGUGAUGUGACCAAAAAUCAGCAGUUUUGGCUUUUGGAAUAUUUUUUUUUACGUUUAGGCCGUUGAUCAUGCAGGAUCAGGAAUGUAUUAAUUUAUUCGUUGGGACAAUUACACAUUCGGUGAUACCAAACAUGUUUUUUAAGUGUUUUAUUUUAAAAAAUUAGGAAAAGGGGGAGGAUUUUUCAAAUAUUUUUUAUUAUUAUUAUAUAUAUAUUGUUUUCUUACACAUUUCAAAAUGUCAUGGGAAAUUUGAGAGUAGCAUUUUUAUGGAUAGGAAAUUCUCUGCUUAUUAGAAA